GGUACUCCAGAUUACUUGGCACCUGAAAUUCUUUUAUGCGAACCGUGCGGCGAGGGUGUGGAUUGGUGGGCGUUAGGAGUGAUGGCGUACGAAAUGCUCGUGGGAGUUCCUCCGUUCAAUGCGUCGACGCCGUUGGCGAUUUUCGCAAGAAUCAUCAACGGCAAAGUGGAAUGGCCAGGAAGUGGCGCCGCGCUGAGUGACGAGUCUAAAGAUUUUGUUAACGCUCUACUCGUGCACGAUGUAGAAGCGCGUCUGGGCUCGAACGACGAUGCAAAUGAUAUCAAGGCUCAUCCUUGGUUUGCAGACGUCACUUGGGAACACGUCUACGACAAGAGCGCUGCGAGCGUGUUCGUGCCAAAGCCCGAAAGUCGACAAGAUACGUCGUACUUCGUUCCC